AUGCGCGCCAUCGUCGCGUCCGUGCGCGAGGCCGAGCCCGAGGCGCCGGUGGUCGUGCACUACGAGGACCAGGCGCUCAACGACUGGCAGAGCGUGUUUCAGCUGACGAGCGGCGCGCUGCCGAGCCCGUCGGUGCCCACCUACAUGGACGGCUCCAUCGGCAACGUCUACGUCCUCGCCAGCGGCGCCUCCUUCUACGAGCGCUGCUUUGCGCCCAGCUCGAUCGACCUCGCGUUUUGCGCGACGGCGAUGCACUGGCUGACCGACGUCCCGUGCGGCGUGCCGGACGCGCUGCACUCGGCCUGCUCCGCCGACGCGGCGGCGCGCGAGGCCUUCGCCGCGCAGGCCGCCGCCGACUGGGAGGCCAUCCUGCUGCAGCGCGCCGCCGAGAUCAAGCCGGGCGGCCAGCUCGUGGUCGCCAACUUUGCGACCGACGGGGAGGGGCAGUACCUGGGCACGUCGAGGCGGGUGGCGCAGGCGAUGCACCCGACCUUCUCCGAGCUGUGGCUCGAGGUGGCCGGCGAGGAGGUGCACCGCGCCACCAACUUCCCCAACGAGUACCGCUCGCUCGAGGCGUGCACCGCCCCGUUUGCGGCCGGCUCCGCGGUGACGGCGGCGGGGCUGCGGCUCGAGUCGGCCGAGUGCGACCUGGUCGAGUGCCCGUUCCUUGCUGCCGCGGGCGAAGUUUGA